CCCCCCCCCGUCAUUUCGGUUUCGGUCCUUCAACUUCGUUCCCGCAACUGUGGCUUCAAUCAAUCAAACUGGAUUCCAACAAGCAGUACGUGUCGCGAUUACUUCGCGGCUACCGGAGGCUUAAGAAAUUAUUCAAGCGUGUGGCGAACCAGGCGCUUACCGUUUCGCCACAGCCGGCAGUAACGGUGGAGGGGCCGGUGUCCAAAAUGUCUCCACCGACGAACGACGUGAACAACGGUGUGGUAGCGUCUCCUAGCACCCUGGCGCCUCGGGUUCCACCGACCACGAACCCGUCCCUCACCAACCCACCGACGCACAAGCGUACCCCGAAGGACUUCAUCUUCGGCAAGGUGAUCGGCGAAGGAAGCUUCUCCACCGUUUAUCUUGCCAAGGAUAUCCACACCAACAAGGAGUACGCGAUUAAGGUGUGCGAUAAGAGUCAUAUAAUCAAGCAGAAGAAGACCGAGUACGUGAAACGCGAGAAGGAGGUGCUGAACAUGCUCGCGGACGCCAAACACUCGUUCGUGCGACUGUUCUGCACCUUCCAGGACGCGGAGAGACUAUACUUUGUCAUGUCGUACGCUAAGAACGGCGAGCUCUUGCCUCACAUCAACAAGGUGGGCUCCUUCGACAUUGAAUGCACCAAGUUCUACUCGGCCGAGAUCCUACGCGGUCUCGAAUAUUUGCACGGGCUCGGUAUCAUUCACCGAGAUCUCAAGCCGGAGAACAUCCUGCUGGACGAGAAGAUGCACGUGCUCAUUACCGACUUUGGCUGCGCCAAGAUCCUCAAGGACGACCCGGAGACGCCCGCGGACGCGGACUCUCAACAGCAACAGCGUUUUAGGGAACGCAGCGGUUCCUUCGUCGGUACCGCUCAGUACGUGUCACCAGAGCUGCUGACCAACAAUAGCGUGAGCAGAGCGUCCGAUCUCUGGGCCCUGGGCUGUCUUGUCUACCAGAUGGUCGCUGGUCUGCCGCCUUUCCGUUCGAGGAGCGAGUACGUGAUGUUCCAGAAGAUCCUGAAACUCGAGUAUGAUAUACCGGACGGUUUCUGUGAAUUAGCCAGAUCGUUCGUUAAUCAGCUUCUCGUUUUGGAGCCGACGCAACGAUUGGGCGCUCUGGACGAGCACGGCGCUGGUUAUCCCAGUAUACGGGCGCAUCCCUUCUUCGAGGGUGUCGACUUCGAGACCCUUCACGAGCAGACACCGCCGCCUAUUUAUCCGUACUUGCCCGGAACGUCGGAACGAGAAGAGUUGAGGUCGCAAUACAGGGUGCCUGAUAAUCUUGAACCCGGUCUGGACCAUAAACAACUCACCAGGCUUCUCUGGCUGAGUACCGAAGACACCGAUGAUGACAACAGUACUGGCGCAGAGCAACGCGCUGUUAACGCGUUCUUCAACGAGAUAAUCGCAAGCGUGGACAAGCCACUGAGGAGGUGCACUAACAACAGAUCCGACAGCGGCGCUAACAUCGCCAAUUUGACACCGGAACAGAUCAGGAUGCGACUAGAGAAACAGCGCACCACGAAUCAGUGGCACUCUUUCGUCGAGGGCAAUCUUAUACUGAAACAGGGCUUCGUCAAUAAGAGGAAGGGCCUGUUCGCCAGGCGGAGAAUGCUCCUCCUUACCACCGGACCACAUCUAUACUACGUCGAUCCUUUUAAUAAUGUUCUUAAGGGUGAGAUACCCUGGAGUCCAGAACUGAGGGUCGAGCCAAAGAAUUUCAAGAUCUUCUUCGUCCAUACGCCGAACAGGACAUACUAUCUCGAAGAUCCCGAGGGAUUUGCACUGGAGUGGUGCAGAGCAAUCGAGGAGACGCGAGUCCACUGUUACGGCCUGCAGGAGAUGACCACUGCUUAAAAUGAAAACUGGAGCGAUCCAAAAAGAAAGAACACAUAAUAAGUGGUAAAGUCCGCGAGUGGCUAUCUAUCGCCAAGGUCGAUCUGUUCUCGACGAAAAGAGUUGGCGAAUCGAUUGUUCACGUAUUAGCCCGUAUUGUAAAAAGUAAACUAGUAGACUUAUCGCGCGCAUUCCGAAUGGUGCGCUCUGUACAGUUUAUAGGCAGAAAUUCAUUAAGCAAAAAUUUCUACCUCCGUCAUCGAGAACGUCACCGUCGCGCGGUGUCCAUUAUCACUUACGUUCGCUAUUUAUUGACGACCUUUUAGAGAGAGAAUCGCAUCAUCCACGCGCGAAAACCGCACGAUGCGUGCGCGAAGAGUAGACGGAGGAUUAGAGAAAUUUUUAGCCAAGGCUUCGGCUGUGUAUUCGCAGCGCCUGUUGCCGUGUGACGUAACUCGCGUGAGAUCGAGGUCGCCCCGAGGCAAAGGAAAAUAAAGUUCACGCACCCGUAAAUUUCGAUGUUUACAAUUCUUGCGAUAUGCAUGAUCCGGAUCCCACGAUACGAGCAGAAAUUUCCACGCGAAUCGGCUUUCGAGGAAUAAAAAUUAAAAAAAGGAAAAGCAAAAGACCGAAUUGUGUCCCAGAAAGGAAUGAAGGAUCCGCCCGUUCGGAGGCGCCCUUGGUCGCGCAAAACACGCUUCGCACGACGCUAUUGUAGUACUUUAUUCCUAAAUAUAGUCCAAUUCCACACACGCGGAUAAAACGAUGCGUAUUUAGGUGAAAUUAAAAGCUGCGCGCGGUAAUAUCGCCGCGCGAGCUUAGACGUCAAUUUAGCUAAAAAAUGGGAAAAAAAGAAAACGAAAAACGCCGUGGAAGAUAACGAGACACUACGCAGCUUUAAAGAAACCGUUUUACGUCGCCUGUAAAGGAUCCUCGGAAUCUCGCGACGUUCCGGGCGAUCUUUGCUCUCUUCGCAGUGUACAGACAGUAUUUUUCGUUAUGUCGUUCAUCAUCAUCAUCAUCCCUCCCUCCCCCCUCUUCGCGUAUUUCGUAUUCUCAGCCCCUUUUCUCAUAAAUAUUCUCUGUAAAUAUCAUAAACGCGUUUCUACGAAGAGCAGGCCGCGUAAAAGCACCUUGUAACAUAAUAGAUACGUAAAUAGAAUAAAAGGGGAAAAUAUUGUUGUCUUACCACGGCGUUUUUCACUCAUUUAAUUACGCUUCUUGUCGUCUGACCCUCGCGGAUUCGAGUGUGCGAUCAGAUGACUUGGGGAAAUAUCGCAGAAAUCGGUGUUCGCACUUUCCUUCCUCCGUUCGUUCGAAGUGGUAGCGAUGAAGAAAAAAAGGGCAUAGGAAACGAGAAAUUUCGUUUUUCCUCCCGCGAAAGACUUACGUGCCCGUGAAAAGGGACUCUAGAUUAAUAUAGACGUUUUCGAUAGCUUUAAGAGGCGCUAUAGUAAAAUUCGCUCUCGAGCGUAUCGCCGAUUCGUUUUUAUAUCGUCAUCAGCGCGAUUAUUAUUUAUAGUAUAAUUUACGUAGUGUUCGAACGAAAAUUAUUAUCGCCCGCGACCGAUGACGCGUACGAGUAUUUAUUACGAGUAUUCAUUUUCCUCGCAUAUGUAUAAAUUAGAUAUUUAAUUAAACACGGUCUCGCGCUUCGUUAAUUUAUUUCUACCGUUACUUGCCUCGAAUUAUUUAUUCUCGUUUUUUUUUUCCUUUUUUUAAAUACCACGCGUCAAGGACCGUGACGUUCACAUAUAGAGAUUACAGACUAGUUAACUAUCUCGCUACACCACUCCGUGCGACUAUAUAUUCAUAUAUAUUAGAAAAUAUAGCGCUAUUACUACUAUUACUAUUACUAUCGUCACCACUGCGUUGUUGCUACGUUACUGCGUACAUAUAUAUAUAUUAAAUAUAUUCUAUAUUAUACGUCAACUAUUGUCGUUAGACUUAGCUGUUUUUAGGUAUAUAUAUAUAUAUAUUUAUUGCGAAUACGUACUAUCGCAUUGAUAAAAGAGGAAAAAGAAAUCGAGAUGCGAUUCGACCUAUGAUAUUGCGAGCGAGCCGUAGUCCAAUUGUGUAUAUAAAGUUGUACAUUACUAAACAUACGAAAAUAUUUAUAUAGAUAUAUUGUACGGUAUAUAUAUAUAAAAUAUUUAUAUAAUGUAAAUAGUUUGUAGUUAGGGGGAAAAAACUGUAUAAAUAUAUUUAUAGGAUAAAAUCGCGUUUAGGUUUAAUUCUCGUUGAUUCUUGGCACGGCUCGUUCGCGAUUCCGCUGA